CGCUUUUAUGAAUCUAUUUAUAAAUUCGUGUUGUUUUAUUUUAAGUAAAAAUUGGACCUAAGGUAGCCUACUGUUUUAACGGAACGUAUUAUUGUGGAACGCGUAGCCAAUGUUUCUUUUUUCCGGAAGUUAGGUGUCACAGACGGAAUCUUCCCCAACGGCAGUCUAAACCAUGGUGUAAACACACCACUGAAACAGACGAGUGUUUGCGACAGAGACACCGCAAAGCUGCUCUGUGGUGUUAACAUACCUAGCUGGAUCCGACAGAGGUCCUGGCCAACAUUUUAGGUGCUUUCAGUGGUCGAGGAGGUAUUCAGUUUAGCUCCUAGUGGUUCUAUAUAUCACUUUGCCGUUUAGCUAGGGGGAUACAGGUAACAGUUUUCUUGUUUGAAGCGAUUUGAUCUUCGUGCGGUCAGUCGGGAAGCGCGGCUUAGACCCGGCGGUGCUCCGCGAUGUUGUUCUACCGUGCGAGGCUGGGCUGGGAAUGCAUCGGUGCCGCGCGGAUGGCCGCUUGCUGGGCGCGGGGACAUGUCACCUACACGCAGGGCCAAAGCCCCGAGCCACGCAUACGGGAGUACUUCUACUACAUCGACCACCAAGGACAGCUUUUUCUUGACGACACCAAAGUGAAGAACUUCAUCACCUGUUUCAAAGAUAAGCAGUUCCUGUCCUUCUUCUUCAGCCGCCUGCGGGGGAACGAGAGCGGGCGCUACCAGGAGCACUUCCCCUUCCUGUCGCUGUGCGGCCGCGAGCGGAACUUCCUGCGCUGCGAGGACCGGCCCCUGGUCUUCACCCACCUGCUCCCGGGACCCUCCGAUGCCCUGUCCUUCUGCUGGGGCGGGGACAAGCUGGUGGUCCCCUUCCGCCCCGAAUCCCUCUACAUGCACCCCUCCUGCGGGCGGCUCUACCACCCUUGUCCCGAGCGGGCGGGGCGCGUGGGGCUGGUGCGUUCGGCCCUGGCCUUCGAGCUCAGCCCCAGUUUCGAGUACCCACCGGGGCAGGGCCAGACCGGACAGCCCACGCACUUCCUGUGGGCGGGACAGCGGCACACACUGACCAAUGAGCUGGCCAGACAUUUUCCCCCAGAAGAAGAGGGGGAGACAGAGACGAAGGGCAGCUGAGAGGGGCGGUGUGGACGUAUUUGGCUGCUGCUGCAUCGGCUUUGGAAGGUGUUGGACUAAACGCAGACCAGUGAAAAUGAAGGUUGUGCUCAGGGUGUUUAAUUGCCUGUUUUGUUGGCAUGCCUAACUGAUCUCUGAAAUAUGUCAUUAACCAUCAUUCAUUUAUGUUUUGCCAAUUCUUCUGGUUUUUUUUUUUGUUUU